AUGCCCACUCCCAACACCGCCUCGCCGCAGGCCAAGGGCUUCCGCAGGGCUGUCUCGGAGCUGGACGCCAAGCAGGCCGAAGCCAUCAUGGUAAGGGGGCGAGGCCUGGCCGGCCAGUCUCUCUCCCACGGGCAGCAGGUGCUCACGGACACCGGUGGGUCAGAACCGGGAUGGGGGCGGCCGAGGGCUGGGGGAGCUGGGCGUGCCCUGUCCCCGCAGUCCCCGCGCUUCAUCGGGCGGCGCCAGAGCCUCAUUGAGGACGCACGCAAGGAGCGAGAGAAAGCAGAGGCCGCGUCGGCCGCCUCCUCGGAGCCUGGAGACCUCCUGGAGGCCGCGGUGUCCAAGGAGAAGGACGGGAAGGCCAUGCUGAACUUGCUCUUCACCCUGCGGGGCGCCAAGACCUCUUCACUGUCCCGAGCCGUGAAGGCAUUUGAGACGUUUGAAGCCCAAAUCCACCAUCUGGAGACCCGGCCCGCCCAAAGGCCACGGGCAGGGGGCCCCCACCUGGAGUACUUUGUGCGCUGUGAGGUGCCCAGUGCUGACCUGCCUGCCCUGCUCAGCUCCGUGCGCCGGGUGGCGGAGGAUGUGCGUGGUGCCGGGGAGAACAAGGUCCUCUGGUUCCCAAGGAAAGUUUCUGAGCUGGACAAGUGCCACCAUCUGGUCACCAAGUUUGACCCUGACCUGGACUUGGAUCACCCGGGCUUCUCGGACCAGGUGUACCGCCAGCGCAGGAAGCUGAUUGCAGAGAUCGCAUUCCAAUACAAGCAUGGUGACCCCAUUCCCCGAGUGGAGUACACGGCCGAGGAGAUUGCCACCUGGAAGGAGGUCUACACCACCCUGAAAAGCCUGUAUGUGACCCAUGCCUGCCGGGAGCACCUGGAGGCCUUCCAGCUGCUGGAGCGCUUCAGCGGGUACCGUGAGGACAGCAUCCCCCAGCUGGAGGACGUGUCCCGCUUCCUGAAAGAGCGGACAGGCUUCCAGCUGCGGCCCGUGGCCGGUCUGCUGUCCGCAAGGGACUUCCUGGCCAGCCUGGCCUUCCGAGUGUUCCAGUGCACGCAGUACAUCCGACACGCGUCCUCACCCAUGCACUCCCCCGAGCCGGACUGCUGUCAUGAGCUGCUGGGGCACGUGCCCAUGCUGGCUGACCGGACCUUCGCUCAGUUUUCCCAGGACAUCGGGCUCGCGUCCUUGGGGGCUUCCGAUGAGGAAAUUGAGAAGCUGUCCACGCUGUACUGGUUCACAGUGGAGUUCGGGCUGUGCAAGCAGAAUGGUGAGGUGAAGGCCUAUGGUGCUGGGCUGCUGUCCUCCUACGGGGAGCUCCUGCACUCCCUGUCUGAGGAGCCCGAGAUCCGGGCCUUCGACCCAGACGCUGCGGCCGUGCAGCCUUACCAGGACCAGACCUACCAGUCGGUCUACUUUGUGUCUGAAAGUUUCAGCGAUGCCAAGGACAAGCUCAGGAACUACGCUUCCCGCAUCCAACGCCCCUUCUCCGUGAAGUUCGACCCAUAUACGCUGGCCAUCGACGUGCUGGACAGUCCCCACGCCAUCCGGCGCUCGCUGGAGGGGGUCCAGGACGAGCUGCACACCCUCGCCCAUGCACUCAGCGCCAUCGGCUAG